AGCAGAGCGCGGGACACGCGAGGCACGCCGGGAGGUGCAUUGCCCGCUAAAGGCGGGACGCGCGGGGCACGCCGGGAGGAGCGGCGGGAACGCUGAGGGCGGGAUCGCUCGGGCCGGUCCCGGUGCCCAUCCCGGUGCCGCUGUCGCCGGUCGCGAUGCUCCGUCGGAAGCCGACGCGGCUGGAGCUGAAGCUGGACGACAUCGAGGAGUUCGAGAGCGUGCGGAAGGAGCUGGAGGGCCGCAGGAAGCAGCGCGACGAGGCCGAGGCGGCGGCGGGCGGGGAGGAGGCGGCGGCGCUGGCGCUGGGCACGGAGCACAAGAGCCGCGAGCAGCUCAUCAACGAGCGCAUCGGUUCCUCAUUCCACCUCUGUGUCACCUCAGCUGCCCUGGUUUGUCACCUUGGGAAUGGAGCCCCAGGAUCGGGGCUGCUUGGACCAAAGGUCACCAAGUAUUUCCUUAUGGAUGGUGCCAUGCAAAGCCCAAAGGGAGGGUGAUUUCUUCCAGCACAUCCCUGGAUUUGCCCCCAUCAGUGCC